UCCAAGCAGGGGGUCGGCUGAGUGCCCAGGAAGGAGUAGUCAUUUAAGUGAAAUGGAUGAAGGACAGUCAAAGAUGAGAAAGUUGGUUGCUCCACAGGUGCCUCCUCUGAAGGCUCCUCACUAUGCAGGCACCAGUGCUGUCUUCGCAGACUCCCACAACUCCUACCACAGCCUGGGCCACUGCACGCGCACCAACAUCUUCCCAGGAGCACCGUCGGAGUGGUCGUCCCUUGUGAAGGACUCCUAUGUGACUCACCCUCUGCCCCCUGCCCCCGUUGACCCCCAGAAGUGGUAUGGCCGAAAGACUGAUGACAUGGUGAGGUGGACAGAGAGAAACAUUGUGAACCAGCGACUGAAGAAGGCUCUGAUGGCGAUGGACAAGAAGGGUGGUGGCACCUGAGCUGCUGGUGCUUUUCACGCCUCGCUCACCGCAGAAGUUACGUUUUACACUUUCUGCAUGCAAGCAUUUCCUACUCAUCCCGCUGCACAGAUAUACACAACGCUCCACCUACACACCUAUAUAUAUAUACACACACACCCACAUAAACACAUCUAGCCACCCACGUGUACAGUUGUGCUUUAAUACGUUUAUGAACCUGUGUGAAAGUUGACUAAAAAGAGGAAUAGAAAAUCAUCUUUUGGAAAAUGAUCUUAAUGCCUUAAUUUUCGAAAAAACAAGGAAAGAUCCAACCUUUAAGGACACCAAAGUUCUUUGU